GCAUGAAGAAGAAAGCCCUGCACCGUUCCGUCAGCCAAAUCUGCCCCCCGCCUCUGCGACCCCUGACCGUGGGAGACCUGAGGCCCGGCAUGGAGAACCAGAGGCUCGGGCUAGUGCGGGACUCCAUGCUGAACAAUCCGCUCAUCCUCAAGCCAGAACUUGGGAAGACUCGAGAAAGAAGCAGCAGUCUGCCUGGAUGUAAUUUUUCCUAUGGAUUAUAUAUCCAUGGGUUGGAUGGAGGAGUCCCCGAAGCGAUCGGGCACUGGCACGCUAUGAAAUCCGCUCCACCCACCCAGGGUGAACUGCCCCGGAAUUAUAUCAGUAUGAACUGCAAGGCUGUCAACGCCGGCCUGGUGACGGCCCGAGAGCAGUACCUGUUCCGUCAUGUCAACGACAUCCGCUGCAGCAAAAAGGAUGAGAGGCAUUUCCAGAAGGAACCCCCGCCCGUCCCUCCAGAUGCAACCUAUGGCAUUCGGGCACGGCCCUCCACUCCCCUGUUUGAUAUUCUUCAGCACAAGUACCAGCACCUUUGGUUGGAGGAACAAAGAAAAGCUGCAAAAGUCCAGAACGUGGAGAAAAAGCCGAAGAUAAAGCUGGGGAAGGUGUAUGAGACACGGACCACCCUGCUGAGGAAGUAUCAACCCCCAUUGAAGCUGGACCCUCUCUGGCAUAUGCCACACUUCCAGAAGGUGGGCCGCCAUCUUGAUACAUUCCCAGAUGAGAAGUCUCGCCAGCGGGCGAUCAAAGCCCAUCGGGACCAGAUGCCAGGGCUCCAGGGCACUCUAUGCCUAGGCAACUUCACCACCAUCUAGGCAGUCAACUUUCCAAGAAAUCCUUAUAGCACAAUAGAAACUUCCUCCUUUAGGUUAGACCACUCCAGGCCUCACUAUCCUGUCCUUACACAGACACAAUGUCUGGGUCUCCUCGUGGAGGUUCUCUCUGGAUAAGGUCCUUAGAAAGGACUGUUUUCUUUGCUGCAAAUGUCUGUUGUUUUUAGUUUAGCGAGCAUCAGUCCUUGCAAUGCCCCCAUCCAAAUGACCAUCACUUCCCUCCCAUUAUUCAGUUUAGAGUGAUCUUCCCUUGGGCCUUUAGUCUCCCUUACCCCUGUUUUCCUCAAACUCACUUCUGAUGUGAUUCUCAUGAAGACGGGUGAAAGGGCAGGGACAGAAGAAAGAAUUUCCUUCCCAUCAGACCCUACAUCCCUGCCAGGCUGACAAAAAGCACAGAUGUGUUUCCUUGCAGAGACCAGCUCAUCAAUGCCGUGUUUGGAAAUUCCCUGCUUUCCGCCUAUAUUCCCCAUGCUAACUGCUAAGUCUGAUCCAUUUUGUGCGUAUUAUCUAUUCCUGUGAGCCAGCCAAAGGCAGUGACCCAUCUGAUUCCCCGAAUGCCGCACUCUGAGAAUGACAUAGAGCUGGCCCUCUCUCCCAAGCCAUUGCUAUUACCUAAACCAAUCACCUAAAGUCCUUGAAGAGUUCAAUAUCCACAUUGACAUUCCUAAACCACUGUACGGUCACCCACAUUGUCGAUAUUCAUAUCCACUCAUGAAAAGAGAAAUUUCUGAUGAGUGGGAGAGUCUGGAAGGCCGUCCACUGGGUGUUUAUUCUCUCCAUUUUCAUCACCCUCCUGCCACUGAAUGAAGGCAUCAACCCUGAGGGUUCUGUUCCUCUGGUGCAUCGGCCAGGCUGUUUAGGAGAUAGAGUUCACCCCUAGGUUUUAAUAA